AUGAAGCCCGACAUAUCCCCAGUCGAUGUCCCAGUCGUUGAGUCGAUCUCUGGUGAUAGCCUCAAUGACGAGAGCUUACAUCCAGGGGUAAAGAACACCAAAUCUCAAUUGACAGCUGACGAAGCGACGGAAAUCGCACUCGGGACCAUUGACGAGGAAUUUGCCAUCGAAUCAGAGAACUCACCGUACCCUGAAGUUCGUGCAAACGUACCCAACACGGACGAUGUUGAUCUUCCCGUCAAUACAGUUCGCAUGUGGUUUCUGGGGAUUGUGUUCACUAUGCUAGGUGCUGGAAUCAAUCAAUUCUUUUCAAUGCGAUACCCGAGCGUCACAAUUACCUCACUCGUCGCCCAAUUGUUAAGUUUUCCUCUUGGAUGUCUUCUUGCGCACUCGUUGCCCGUGAAAACAUUCAAAGUUUUUGGUCGCUGGGACUUCACCUUGAAUCCUGACACGCAUUUCAACAUCAAAGAACAUGCAGUCAUUACAAUCAUGUCCAACCUUAGUUUUGGAGCUUCCUGGGCUACUGACAUCAUUCAAGCUCAGAAGGUGUUCUACGGACUAGAAACUUCUGUGGGGUACCAGAUCCUCCUCGCCUUGUCAAUGCAGCUCUUCGGUCUUGGACUUGCUGGACUGGGGUAUAAAUACAUCGUUGAACCUCCUCAAAUGAUCUGGCCUUCCACACUUGCCAAUGCUGCUCUUUUCGAGACUCUGCAUAGUCGAGUGAAUGUUGAAGCUGACGGUUGGAAAAUCUCAAGAUACCGCUUCUUCCUCUACGUCUUCUGCGGUGGUUUUGUCUGGUAUUGGUUUCCGGGAUUUAUAUUUACAGCAUUGUCGACUUUUGCUUUCGUUUGCUGGGCUGCUCCAAAAAAUAUUGUUGUCAACAAUCUCUUUGGAAUGUCUACAGGACUUGGGCUUCUACCUGUCACUUUUGACUGGAGUCAGAUAGCAUACAAUGGAUCACCUCUCGUCGUUCCUUUCUGGGCUCAAGCAAAUGUCUUUGCAGGAUGGGCUUUCUUCUUUGCUCUAGCCACUCCAAUUUUGUACUAUACCGACACCUGGUAUACAUCUUAUCUUCCCCUUUCCGGAUCCAACAGCUACGAUAAUACCGCCAAUGUGUACAACGUUUCGAAGAUCGUUGAUGCUCAUGGCAACUUUGAACCGGCUGCCUACGAAGCAUACAGCACGGUCUUCAUGCCUGUGACUUUUGCUCUAGGGUAUGGAAUCUCAUUUGCUGUCAUGUCUUGCUUGCCAGUGCACGUCUACCUCUAUCAUUGGGAGGAUAUCAAACAAGCUUUCAUGGGGACGAGCAAGAAAGAUAUCCAUGCGAGGCUCAUCACGAGAUAUCGGGAUGUGCCAUGGUGGUGGUAUUCUGGAAUGACGGCGGUGGUCAUUGUACUGGCUAUAAUCACCCAAGAAGUGUGGCACACUGAAAUGCCUGUCUGGGGGGUUUUCAUGGCAUUCGCUAUGGCAGCAGUCUAUCUUAUCCCAGUUGGCACUGUCUUCGCUGUGGCCAAUUUGAACAGCAAUGUUCUUACUGUCCUUGGAGAAAUCAUAUCAGGGUAUCUACUUCCUGGGAAGCCUAUCGUUAUGCUCGUUUUCAAGUUCUACGCAUACACCGGGCUCAGUCAAGCCAUGAACUAUGCCUCAGACAUGAAACUUGGGCUGUACAUGAAGAUCCCACGACGAACUCUCUUCGCAGCCCAACUAACUGCCUGUAUCUUAGGUAGUUUGACACAAAACGGUGUUUUGAUAUGGAUGCUUGGUCACAUCGAAGGCAUCUGCGACGACGAUCAACCCCACGGCUAUACCUGCCCUCAAGGUCGUGUCAACUUCACAAGUUCAAUCAUCUGGGGAGCCAUUGGUCCUGCACGCCUCUACAGUAUCGGCAAACAGUAUUCAGGCCUCCUUCAUUUCUUCUGGAUAGGUGCUCUUUUGCCAGUCAUCACCUUCUAUCUCAAGAAAUACUUUCCAAAGAACUCUUUCCUGAAGUCCAUCCAUUGGCCUCUCUUCUUCGCUGGAACAGGAAAUCUACCUCCUGCUACGGGUAUAAACUACACAACAGCAUUUGUCGUCAGUUUGAUAUUCAACAAAAUCAUCAAAUCACGUGCUAAGCACUGGUGGGCAAAAUACAAUUACAUCCUAUCAGCAAGUCUCGACUCCGGUGUAGCUGUCUCUGCGAUCGUAAUAUUCUUCACUGUCAUAUUCCCAGGGGCAGAACUGAAUUGGUGGGGCAAUACGGUCAGCUCUACCACAGCUGAUGGAUUGGGGACGCCGUGGAAAGCUUUGCCAGCGAAUGGAACGUUUGGACCUUCGCAUUGGUGAGGGAUCUUGAGGGAAUAAUUCAGGAAAGCACGAAGAGUUGCAAAUUGGACAGAGCAUUGCAGACUAUCCAUUCGUUCUCCAAGGACCAACUUUCCUCGGACUUUGUGCUUGCCCAGUCUUUGUCGACGGAUGUGCUUGGCCUGAAUCGUGGCAUCCAACUGAUCACUGACUCACUGCAUUGCGCGGGGU